UCCGACGUGGGCGUGUCGCCGCCAACCGGGGCCGACCGGGCGGUUCGGCGCGCUUCCUGGUGUCACCCGCAGAGGGCGCCGGCCGCCGAGCCGCCCGCAGAGUCGCGAGGCCGGAAGGAGCGCGGCGCCGCCCCACUCGCCCCAGCCGCCGCCAUGAAAGCCGUGGUGCAGCGCGUCACCCGGGCCAGCGUCACAGUUGGAGGAGAGCAAAUAAGUGCUAUUGGACGGGGCAUCUGUGUGUUGCUGGGUAUUUCUCUGGAAGAUACACAGAAGGACCUGGAGCACAUGGUCAGAAAGAUUUUAAACCUGCGCGUUUUUGAGGAUGAGAGCGGGAAACACUGGUCGAAGAGUGUGAUGGACAAACAGUACGAGGUGCUGUGCAUCAGCCAGUUUACCCUCCAGUGCGUCCUCAAGGGCAACAAGCCUGACUUCCACCUGGCAAUGCCCACGGAGCAGGCAGAGAGCUUCUACAACAGCUUCCUGGAGCAGCUGCGGAAGACAUACAGCCCGGAGCUCAUCAAAGAUGGCAAGUUUGGUGCCUACAUGCAAGUCCACAUUCAGAAUGAUGGGCCUGUGACUAUAGAAUUGGAGUCCCCGGCUCCUGGCGCUGCUACCUCUGACCCAAAGCAGGUAAGCCUGGACUCUGUUGGGGUCUGUCUCCUGGCUUUUGGCUUUGAUUGA